AUGGAGAUAGAUAGAAAAACAGGCAAUAUCGAAGCUUUGAGUAUUGGAAAAGGUGAAAUAAACGAUGGUCAAAAUCAAGACACCGGUGUAACUUCUGCUCAUACUAUUGGUCAUGAUUCAUGGGAACAAAUGGGGUUAAUGCUGGUUGGACUUGGGGCAUCAUAUCCCUGGUUGUUGUUGGAUUUUACACCGCCUAUGCUAGCUGGCUUUUGGCAGGAUUUCAUUUCAUUAAUGGCAGAAGGUUCGUCAGAUACAGAGAUCUUAUGGGGUAUAUUUAUGGUGAGUUGA